GGGGGUAUCCCACUGGAGUCGGCACGCGCAGACAGCAGGGAGAAGCCUCAGCAGCUAGAAGAGCCCGUUGCAUUUUUCCUGCAAACCAAAUACCAAAAAUUAUCUCCACUUGAACAUUUUCUCUUAAAAGUGUAGGUUAACGUCUGUAUUUUAGACAUUUAAAAUGGUUGACCGUGAGCAGCUGGUUCAGAAAGCCAGGCUGGCUGAACAGGCAGAGCGGUAUGACGAUAUGGCAGCUGCCAUGAAAUCGGUGACAGAGCUGAACGAGGCGCUGUCCAACGAGGAGAGGAACCUUCUCUCGGUGGCCUACAAGAAUGUUGUGGGCGCCCGGCGCUCCUCCUGGCGCGUCAUCUCCAGCAUCGAGCAGAAGACCUCGGCCGACGGCAACGAGAAGAAGAUCGAGAUGGUGCGGGCGUACCGUGAGAAGAUCGAGAAGGAACUGGAGGCCGUGUGCCAGGACGUGCUCAACCUGCUGGACAACUUCCUCAUCAAGAACUGCAGCGAGACCCAGCACGAGUCCAAGGUGUUCUACCUGAAGAUGAAGGGCGACUACUACCGCUACCUGGCCGAGGUGGCCACGGGCGAGAAGCGCUCCACGGUGGUGGAGUCGUCCGAAAAGGCAUACAGCGAGGCGCACGAGAUCAGCAAGGAGCACAUGCAGCCGACGCACCCCAUCCGCCUGGGCCUGGCGCUCAACUACUCCGUCUUCUACUACGAGAUCCAGAACGCGCCCGAGCAGGCCUGCCACCUGGCCAAGACGGCCUUCGACGACGCCAUCGCCGAGCUGGACACCCUUAACGAGGACUCCUACAAAGACUCCACGCUCAUCAUGCAGCUGCUGCGAGACAACCUCACGCUGUGGACGAGCGAUCAGCAGGACGAGGAGGCCGGUGAGGGCAACAACUAAAUGAGUCAUUAGGGGGAAGAAAUGGUCAACGCAAGAGAAAAAAAAGAGAAAACACAACACGCGUGCUCACAACCUUCAACAGCAACAUGAGAAAAAAAAAUGAAAUAAAAGUAAUCAAAAAUUUAGGGUGGGAGCUGGUGGACCUUUUGUCAGUCAUUUGCCAAUGGUAACCACUCAGAGUGCAGUCUUUUCUUUUUCCACGAGUUUGACGUGAUCGAAAACAAAAAGAGAAAAAACAGCAGAAGAGUAUGUUUAGGAGAAGAUGGAGUGAUAGUGAAUAGUAAAGGUUAGCAUAGUGAGAGAGAAAAAAAUACCCCUUUCUUGAUCUGCAACAUUUGCCAAACCACCACUAUGAGGACAGAAGUGUUCCAGUCUGUCAGUAGCCUACUAAGUGGUAAAGGGUGGACAGGCCCUCAAACUGGCAUAGGGACUGUUCUUGUAGUGCAAAAUGUGCUAAAAGUGGAGCUGCUUUAUUUAACUUGUGUGAUUGAAAAAGAAGCGUUUGAAAAACAUCCAAGUCAAUGCUGAAGCUUGGGCAAAACACAAAUCCACACAUACACACACACGCACACACCCUCACACGCUCUUUCACACACACACACACACACACACACACACACACACACAGCAUAUAGUUAUAGUAAGAAAAACUUGAAUGUCAUUGCCUCACUAAAAUAACCGGAUGGUUGUGGCUAGUUGUAGGGAAGAUAGCUGGUAUCUGAUGUAAUGCGGACAUGUGGAAUCCAAAGGGUUCCUAGUUUCAGUCAGUUCUCUUUUAAAGCUUUAAACUCAGCCAAUCAAUACAAACCACAACUGCAAAAGUAUUAUUAUUAUUAUUAUUAUUAUUAUUAUUAUUAUUAUUAUUAUUAUUGUGACAAUUUUUGGCAAAUUAGACUAACAUAACAAGACACAUUGCAUUAAAGUGGUAAGUUAGAAGAAAAAAAAAAAACUUGAAAAGAAAAACAAAUUGUAGCCACUGCAAGUAAACAAAUAUGAUGUUUGCCAUAAAAUAUAGCCUAGUUGCCAUCAAACUCAAUCUCAAUGAACAUGAUUCUACUGGAACAUUAGCCUUUGUUGGUGGAUGAUGGUUUUGGAGAAAAGAACUUGAGUUAAGGAAAGUGGAAGGUGGUCUUAAAGCAGCUUCAAGGUUUGUGAUUUUUCUUUCUCUUUUGUUGAUUUCUCUUUUUUAAUUUACAAGAAAUGCACUUGUCCAUUAUACUGUUUCUCAGUGUGAGAUGAUUACUGCUCCAAUAGUCUCUUUACUACAGUAUCGUGCAUGCUGGUGAUGUAUUUAUAUACAAUAGCUUGACUUUAUUAACUUAAAACUGUAGAUGUUAUGUAUUCAUAUAAAGAUGAAAUGACUAGAAUAACAGUUAAAUUAUUUUCUAUUUAUUACGUUUUAUUCAAUUGUUUGAAAACUAUUUUGAAUUUGUCUUUUUCUGCUGGGUUUAGUACACUAUACUAAAAUAGUAAUGGUUGACCAUCAACAAUCUGUUAUGGAUUUUUUGCUACAGUGACUUGCAAUUAUUGUAUUUGGAUUUUAUGAUGCAAAAAAUGAAGCUUAAAAAGAAUACAAAAAACAAAAGACAAAAAGGAAAAAAUUAUGACACCAGUGUUAGCUGAAACGUAUUGUCUGGUGUUUGUCACAGUGUAAUCAUGAUUACAUUGUUUAAUGAUUAAUGUUCUUCGAAUGAUUUUUUGGUGUGUGGUUUUUACUUUCACGUCAUGUAAUGAGAUAUUUAAGACUGAACAAUGUUUUUGUUCUUCAGAAUCAGUGCUCCUGCUAGGAUCUCACUCACGGACCAUUAUUUAUUUCUAAUACUUUACUUUAAUUGCUUUUUUAAAUCAUUUUUGUUGUUCUUCCUUCUUUUUUUUACUUUGAUCUGUCUCCUGAAAUCUUAAAUGUGAGUCUUGUAGAGAUUGCACAAAAAAUUAUAAUGAUAAUAAAAAAAAGAUAAUUGAAACAUGAUAAUGUUCAUCUAGCCACAUUUCAGUGCUGCUGUUGGUGUUGUUCUGAUAGGUGAGUCAUGUAGUCAUCAAUGGAAGUGAAUUGUCAAUGCUCUUUUGCUAUUAAUUUGUUUCCCUAUUUCUUUUUCUUUGUGUUUUGUUCAGCUUUGUGCUCUCUUGCUAAUGAUCUACACCAAGAUUUACUGAGCAGCUCUGUCUGUAUUGAGGGAUGGAAAGCGGGAGGAUAGACAGAUGGAUGGACAUAGAAGAUAUGACGAUAGACAGACUGAUAGAUAGAUAGAUACUGUAGAUAGAUAGAUAGAUAGAUAUAUGCAGAUAGACCAAUAGAGAGAGAUAAGGAAAGAUAAAGGGGGAGUUGGAGGGAAGGAGAGAGAGAGGGAGACAGAGGGUUGUAGACAAUCAGUGACAUGCAGAGAGCCCAUGUGAGUUGUGAGGGAUGGCUUGGAUAGAGCGGCACUGUUUGUGGGCAGAGGCAGCUUUGGCUCUUCCCCCAGUGCCAGUCCGUCCCAUCGCUCGGACUGCUAGGGGCCUCUUCUGCUAAUGCUACUUGCAGUUUUAGCAUCUGGCACCAGGCAGUUGCCAAUUGUUUUCUGUUGUUGCUCUCCUUCCUCACAGAGAUAGUGGAUUUCAGACCAAAUGACAGGGCUCUUUUCUAAAGGAGAAUCAUAGGAUGCGUCUAACACCAUAGGGUGUACUCGGUGUUGUUCUUACAGGCAUUGAGUUUUGAUGGCAUAAAUGGCCUGCUUACAGUAUAUAAUGUGAUGUAUGUUGCUGUUUUUGUUGUUAUUUAUAUCAGUUUAUUUUUGCUCCUGUUUCAUUUGGUUGUCCCCUGUAUGUUUUCUUUUCUUUUCCUUUUGUUGGACUCCACCAUCCUGACAUGGUUUAUCAUUUCUGCCUGUCCAUCACAAGUCUUUGGUCUCCUUAAAGGGACGGGAAAAUAAAUCAGGUUGUUUAAUGUCUAUAAAUGCAUAGUGGGUUAGAGCACUGAUUAUUUAUUGCCCAAAGCCUUUUAAAAAGUAUGUCAGGAGUUGGUUAUGGAGCCAAAGUAAUUAUAAAUUCAAUUGAAAACUUUGUGGCUGAUUGCUCAAUAAAGUAACCCUUCUGAAAUGUUAAGUGCAGUGAAAUGAUAGUCCUAAAAAACAAAAACUUUUGUUGCAAACUUGACCUAAAGCUAUUGGUUGUGCAAAUGUACAAUUGCAGCUUGAAAGACCAGUGUCGCUGCAGCCUAAGUCCAGUGUAAUUGAUUAGAGACAAAGACUGUGGUAUGUAACUGAUUGAGCUGUCGACUCAAAAGAGCAAAAUGAGUACUGGAUAAAGAUGGCAAAUGAAAAGAGAAUCUGAAUAAAAAAUCAACAGCA